CGUGUAAGCGCCCCCUUUCAACCACUCCACAGAGCUCCAUCGACCAUACGAUGGCGGAGCAAGUUGACUCAUGGCGCAGCGGAGGCAAUGCACCAAGCUCAUGGGGCAGAGGUGGGGCAUUUGCAGGUGGUAGCACUCGCGGUGGCGGCGGACGAGGAGGAGGAGCCGGGAGAGGUGCCAGAGGUGGAGCGGCAGGGCUUGGAAGAGGAGGAGGAGGAAGUAGCGGUGGUGCUGGAAGAAAAGGUGGAAAGGGCGGCGGAGGGACGGCAGCUGCAGUGUUGCCCACCCUUAUGGGCCCCAUGCACUCGAUGAACUUCAUCACCGACUACUACCACCACAUCCUCACGUCGGGCAAGAUUCAGGCAAAGUGGCUCGAGAACCCAAAGAAUCCGAUGCAGAAUUACAUUUCGGCUCGGACGCUUCAACCUCCCAAUUAUCAGAGCGAGCAAGGGUAUGUCGAGGGUCGUCGAGAAGCGACGUUCAGGGUCACCUUGCUCGCCGACCAAGAUCACGACAUUGUGGGCUACGGCGAUGCCAAGCAGCUCAAGGAGGCUGAAAAGAUUGCUGCUCUGCAUGCGAUGCUCCAGCUCGAAGAUCGAAAUCUGCUGAGCGCAAAACCGACAGGACCUGCAAAAGGACAGGUCGCUCCACCUCCUGGCCCAUCAGCCACAAUGCCUGAUGGAACCAAAAUUGCGCCAGAACGUGCGCGUGAAUACCUCGAAUUCUUCUGCGAAACAUACAAGUGUGGAAAGCCGGAGAUUGUCGUACAGGAGGCUUCAAAGGCCCGGGGACGCAAGGGUGUGGCAUCCGGCUGGCGUGCUCAGGUCGCCAUUGCCGGAAGUGUAGUCGGAGAGGCAAGUGCGACGAACAAGAAGGCGGCGACGAACAGCGUCCAUCUUGUUGCUGCGCAGAAUCUGGCAGAGGGCGAGCAUGCGGGCGUAUGGAAGCAGUUCAACCUUACUCACAAGCCAGGUGCACCCGUCAGUGCUGCUCCACACGUCGUCUUUAGGAUGUCGGACGAGCUGGCCGACGACGUCAACUACCUCUACGGAGACAUUCGAGAGAGUUUGCUUUUCCAGAAGGCGCCGCGUUACACCGUUGGAGGCCCUGAUGCGGCCAAGGGCAAGAGGCGUGAGAUUGGGUCCGUCGUCCGAAACAUGUCGGAAGACGCCCUGGCCAGCAAGUCGAAGAGGCUCGAAGAGGAUCUCUACAACUACCAGUCCGACGAUCGCGUCAAGGCGAUGAGGGCUCAGCGAGCUAGCCUGCCUGUGCAGCAAAAAGCGAGCGACGUGCUCAUCAAGAUCGAGCUGAACCAGGUCUCGAUCAUCAUGGCCGCGACGGGAUCGGGAAAGACGACGCAGAUCCCUCAGAUCAUCUUUGACGACCACAUCACACAAGGUCAAGGUGCGAAAUGCAACAUCAUCUGUACCCAGCCCCGAAGGAUUGCAGCCAUCAGUGUGGCCGACCGAGUUGCCAAGGAGCGAGGCGAACGCGUUGGCCAGACGGUGGGCUACCAGGUCCGAUUUGAGCACAAGCUGCCCCAAGACCAUGGCUCGAUUACCUUUUGCACUACCGGAAUCUUCCUCCGACGCCUUCAGUCUGCUCUGGGCGACAGUGAGGCCUCGAACAAUUUCCUUGACAACCUCACGCAUAUCGUUGUCGACGAGGUCCACGAGCGCGACGUUGAGACAGACCUGCUCCUGGUCGUCAUCAAGCGACUGUUGGCCGAGCGAAAGCGAUUGGGCAAGCACGAGAUCAAGCUCAUCCUCAUGAGUGCCACCAUCGACCCGACACUAUUCCAAAAUUACUUUUCCGACCAAACCGGAAGGCCUGCUCCCGUUGUAGAGAUUCCUGGUCGCAGCUUUCCUGUUGACAAACACUAUCUCGAAGAGACGGUGCGGCAUUUGCAUGGGCUUGACCUGCCCCUGCGUGCGGGUGGAUGGGUCUUCAGGGAAAAGAAUGUCGUCGAAUACCUGGAACGAGAGUUGAAUCAGCGAGGAGGCGUCGUCACCCGGCGCGAUCCUAACGGAGCUGCGAACGGGACCGAGAAUGAGGCAGUUGACGCAAUCGACGACCUCGAAAUCCCCUAUCCCUUGGUGGCCCUCAUGAUCGCCGAUGUUCUGGCGAGCUCCGACGACGGCCACGUUCUGGUCUUCAUGCCUGGUUGGGAGGAGAUCAAGGCUGUCAACUUGAUUCUCACAGACACGAUGCAGCGACCCCUGCUUGGCACAAACUUCAAUGACGGCAACAAGUACGAGAUCCACAUUCUUCAUUCGUCCAUUCCUGUUGCCGAUCAGCAGGCUGUAUUCGAGCCUGUUCGCCACAAGGGCAUCCGCCGCAUCAUCCUGGCCACUAACAUCGCAGAAACGUCCAUCACCAUUCCUGAUGUCGUCUACGUCGUCGACACUGGUCGUGUCAAGGAGAAGCGUUUCGACCCAGAGCGGCACCUGUCCAGCCUGGUCUCGGCCUGGGUCGGUACCUCGAACCUGAACCAGAGAGCAGGUCGUGCUGGUCGUCACCGAGCGGGAGAGUACUACGGCGUGCUGUCCAAAGCCCGCUACGACCGGCUCAGCGUCAAUCAGACGGUGGAAAUGAAGCGAGUGGAUCUGAGCAACGUCGUCAUGCAUAUCAAGGCUCUCGACAUCCCUGGGAUGGAGGUCGAAGAUGUCCUGGACGCAGCAAUCGAGCCACCAGCUCCGGAACGCGUCAGAGCGGCCAUGGACAAGCUCAUCAUGGUUGGCGCUCUCGCCGAAGACAAGUCGCUGACUUCACUGGGUCAUGUGCUAUUGCAACUUCCUGUCGAUGCGCCCAUGGGCAAAAUGUGCCUGUACGGCGCCUUUUUCAGGUGCUUGGAGCCCACCCUAACCCUGGCGGCCGUCUUGACGAACCGAGAUCCGUUCAUGGCGCCUCUGCAGCUGAAAAAGGAAGCAGACGCUGUCAAGGACAGCUGGUGCCCAACCGACUUCCGCUCCGACUCACUAGCUACCUUGAAAGCCUACACCAAGUGGGCGGACCUCCAGGCUAGCGGACAGAUUCGAGCAUCACACCAAUUUUGCACCGACAAUUUCCUGAGCAGGACGACCUUGGCGCAGAUUCAGCAGGUCAAGGAGCACCUCUUCCAGAGCAUGGAGAAGGCCGGCAUCUUGGACGUCGUUCUGGCAGCUUCGGUCUCUGGUCCAAAUGAACAGAACAAGGCCCGGAGGCCGCCGCCCACCGGACCGAGGAGGGGCGGACCUAGAGGCAGGUGGAUCGAUGAGACCCACCCAGACUUGAACUCCAAUUCGGACUGCACCCCACUCCUCGCCGCCUUAAUCGCAUUGGCCUCGACGCCCAACUUCGCCAUCCGCCACAGCGAGAAGGUGUAUCGUACAUCCCAAGAUAAGAAUGUUUACAUUCAUCCUUCGUCGGUGUGCCACAACCGUCAUACGAAACACAAGGAGGGCGAAUCAUUCCAGGGCGAGCGCGAGCUGUAUGCCUUUGCGGAGAAGAUGAAAAAUGUCUCCAUGGUCGGUGGUCAAUCCAACUCGGGCGGUGGCCAGACGAUGCUCAAGACUGUCACACGUCUGGAUCCAUUGACCUACAUGCUCUUUGGCGCCAGCAAGGCCAAGUCGGCCAAUGGGGGCAUCAUGUGCGACGAUUGGCUGCCAAUCAGGGGCGACUCGGUUGCGCUUGACGAUCUGGAACGGGUCAAGAGGAUGCUGGACCUUUGCAUGCUAAGGGUGUUUGAAGGCAUUGGGAGCGGCGGUGUCGUCUUGGAUGAGGAAAUCGAGAGGGAGAGGGAGCGGAGGCGACGAAGGCGAGAGAGGGAGCAACAGCAAAGCAGAAAGAAGAAUGGAGCCAGUGGCCACCAAGGAGAGGAGAAGGACCAAUCAAACGGCCAGGGCGAUGGUGGCGCCGAAGAAGAGGAAGAAGAUCUGAUGAAGGAAGAGCUGAGGAUGUCGCAGAGGGAAGUAGACGACUUCCACCAUCUCACGAUGGGCCUCGUGAGGAUCCUGGAUGGGUACGCGAUCGAAAGGAAUCGCUACAGCCAGUCGAACUCUCGAAAUUCGACGAGGCCAGCAACGCCUACAACAGUCACGUCUGGCGUCACUUCCAUCUGGUCACACAGUCAAGGCUACAGCAACGGGUCGGGUCGCGAGUCGCCGUACGGAAGCGGGUAUUCGAUGGCGGCGCCGUCCUUGGGCUUCGAGGGUCUGUCUUCCUCGGCAAGACCGAGCGACAGCAACAAGUCAUGGAGGCGCUAAGGAGUUCCUUCCGGUUUAUCUUUCAAUGUAACACUUCAUAUGUAGACUUUGAGGUCCUAGUAAUGGAGAAGCUCUUAACUUUGGUC